AGGGAGGCGCCGAGGGCAGGGGCUAGAGAGAAGUGAAGGGCAGGCAGCAGGGCUCAGCUGGAAGGUCCAGAGUAGCGCGCCCCAAAGGAGGCCAGAGAGAGCGCGAGCUGCCCCCGAGCCAGGAUGGAGGGACGACCAGAGGCCCCCGGCGUCUGGGCUCCGCGUGCCGGCGCCAUGAGGCCGCUCCUCGCCCUGCUGCUCCUGGGUCUCGCGGCCGGCUCGCCCCCACUGGACGACAACAAGAUCCCCAGCCUGUGCCCAGGGCACCCCGGCCUUCCUGGCACGCCGGGCCACCACGGCAGCCAGGGCCUGCCCGGCCGCGACGGCCGCGAUGGCCGCGACGGCGCGCCCGGGGCUCCGGGAGAGAAAGGCGAGGGCGGGAGGCCGGGCCUCCCGGGGCCGCGUGGGGAGCCCGGGCCGCGAGGAGAGGCGGGCCCGGUGGGGGCGAUGGGGCCUGCGGGCGAGUGCUCAGUGCCUCCGCGCUCCGCCUUCAGCGCCAAGCGCUCUGAGAGCCGAGUGCCACCGCCAUCGGACGCGCCCCUACCCUUCGACCGCGUGCUGGUGAACGAGCAGGGACAUUACGACGCCGUCACGGGCAAGUUCACCUGCCAGGUGCCCGGGGUCUACUACUUCGCCGUCCACGCCACCGUCUACAGGGCUAGUCUGCAGUUCGAUCUGGUCAAGAAUGGCGAGUCCAUCGCCUCUUUCUUCCAGUUCUUUGGGGGGUGGCCCAAGCCAGCCUCGCUCUCAGGGGGCGCCAUGGUGAGGCUGGAGCCCGAGGACCAGGUGUGGGUACAGGUGGGCGUGGGUGACUACAUUGGCAUCUAUGCCAGCAUCAAGACAGACAGCACCUUCUCUGGAUUUCUAGUGUAUUCCGAUUGGCACAGCUCCCCUGUCUUUGCUUGAUGCCCGCUGGAAAGUGAGCCCGUGCUCUCUCACUCCGAGGUGUGACACUGAGGGCCACAUCAUCCUGGAGGGCUGGCCCCGCUGGAAUGUUGUGUAGGACUGCAGAGGUGGGAUGGGGGCCUCUCCCUUCUGCUGCCUCAGGGAAUGGGGACAAAGACUCUGAGAUCAGGGCUGGCAGCAUGGGGCAGUGGCUGGAUUUCUGCCCUAGACCAAAGGAGUGCGCUGUGCUGGCAGGGUCCCCCCAGUUGUUCUGGCCCAGAACCCCAAGGUGGGGUGCUCCCUUCCUGGUCCUCUGCUUUUCUGGGUCCUCCCUCAUCUCUCCUCUUCCUGGGCUCUUUUCUCAGAGAUCACUCAAUAAAUCUAAGAAAACCUC